CGUAUAUGCGUGUGCGCGUAUCUGACUGCGCUCCCUGCGCGGUCGCUUGUGCUCGCCCAGCCAGUCUGCUGCUGCACAUCCACCGCCGAGCUACACGCCGAGGAGGCGGACCGACUGGAGCUACACCUCGGCCAGCGGUGCUGGGUCAUAGCGCUGGUGGAGGUGCGGCGGUGGCGGGGGCAGCACACUUCCCCCAGUCCCUUCCUAACUUGAAGACCCGGGAGUAGUUUGUUUUUUUGUAUUACUAUAUUUUUAUUGGGCUUUGCUCCUCAGAGGCGCACUUUUCUCCGCGGCUCCUCUCUCAGUUUUGCGCUCACGGUCCGACAUGGAAGAUGGUCCGUCUUCGACAAGCUGUUUCAGAAGGUUAACGGACUGCUUCCUGGGUGCAAGCUUGACAGAUGAGAAAGUGAAGGCCUACCUCUCUCUGCACCCGCAGAUGCUGGAUGAGUUUGUGUUGGAGAGUGUUAGCGCUGAGACGUUGGACAGAUGGCUGAAGAGGAAGACCAGCAGCAGGACUGCAGAUGACACAACGUCGAAAGAAGUCACCAGGCAGUACCAGGAUGCAAACAUGCAGGGCGUGGUGUAUGAACUCAACAGCUACAUGGAGCAGCGCCUGGACACUGGAGGAGACAACAAGCUAUUGCUCUAUGAGCUCUGCAACAUCAUUAAAACGGCAACAAAAGCUGAUGGAUUUGCACUUUACUUUUUGGGAGAAUGCAACACUAGUUUAUGUUUGUUCACCCCAACGAGGGCCAAGGAUGGUCCCCCAAGCCUCGUUCCCUCGGGCCCCAUCACAUUCGGAACAACCAUUGCAGCGCAUGUUGCCAAGACUCGCAAAACACUUUUAGUAGAAGACAUCAUGGGGGACGAGCGCUUCCCAGACGGCACAGGGCAGGACUCAGGGAUCCGCGUUCAUUCUGUCUUGUGCCUCCCCAUCCUCACUGCCAUCGGGGACCUCAUUGCCAUCCUGGAGCUACAUCGACACUGGGGCAAAGAGCCCUUCAACCUCAGCCACCAGGAGGUUGCAACAGCUAACCUAGCAUGGGCGUCAGUUGCCAUUCAUCAAGUACAGGUGUGCAGAGGCCUCGCGAAGCAGACCGAGCUAAAUGACUUCCUACUAGAUGUGUCAAAAACGUACUUUGAUAACAUUGUGGCAAUAGAUUCUCUACUUGAACAUAUUAUGAUAUAUGCAAAAAACCUGGUGAAUGCCGACAGGUGUGCGCUCUUCCAGGUAGAUCAAAACAACAAAGAACUGUAUUCCGACCUCUUCGAUAUUGGUGAGGAGAAAGAAGGCAAGCCGGUCUUUAGGAAAACCAAAGAAAUUAGGUUUUCUAUAGAGAAAGGAAUAGCUGGCCAAGUGGCUCGGACAGGGGAAGUCUUAAACAUCCCAGAUGCCUAUGCAGAUCCACGGUUCAACCGAGAGGUGGACCUCAAAACCGGCUACACCACGCGAAACAUCCUGUGCAUGCCCAUUGUGAGCAGGGGGACUGUUAUUGGUGUGGUGCAGAUGGUCAACAAGUUAAGCGGAAGUGCCUUCACUAAAACAGAUGAGAACAACUUUAAGAUGUUUGCUGUCUUUUGUGCCCUGGCCUUACACUGUGCAAAUAUGUACCAUCGAAUUCGACACUCUGAAUGCAUUUACAGAGUGACAAUGGAAAAACUGUCUUACCACAGCAUCUGCACCUCAGAAGAAUGGAAAACGCUCACUCAGCUCAACCUUCCCACUCCCAUUUAUAAAGAGAUCGAAAUGUUUCACUUUGACAUAAGUCCAUUUGAGGAGAUCUGGCCUGCAGUCUUCAUCUACAUGGUUCACAAUUCCUGUGGAAAGACCAGCUUUGAGCUGGAGAAACUGUGUCGAUUCACCAUGUCUGUACGCAAGAACUACCGGCGUGUGCCCUACCACAACUGGAAGCACGCAGUGACCGUGGCCCACUGUAUGUACGCCAUUCUACAGAAGACUUCUGGGAUCUUCACAGAGCUAGAGAAGAAGGGACUGUUAAUAGCAUGCCUGUGCCAUGAUCUUGAUCAUCGGGGGUACAGCAACACUUAUCUGCAGAAGUUUGACCACCCACUGGCUGCUUUGUACUCCACCUCCACCAUGGAGCAGCACCACUUCUCUCAGACUGUCUCCAUCCUGCAGCUGGAAGGGCACAAUAUUUUCUCCAACCUGACUUCCAGCGAGUACGAGCAGGUGCUGGAGAUCAUCCGGAAGGCCAUCAUUGCCACAGACCUGGCCCUUUACUUCAACAACCACCAGCAGCUGUCAGAGCUUCUGAACUCAGGUGUGCUGGACUUCAACAACCACUCACACAGGGACCGUGUGAUUGGUCUAAUGAUGACAGCAUGUGACCUGUGCUCUGUAACCAAGCAAUGGCAGAUCACGCGACUCACAGCCAACGACAUCUAUGCUGAGUUCUGGGCCGAGGGAGAUGAGAUGAAGAAGAUUGGAAUGCAGCCCAUCUCGAUGAUGGACCGAGACAAGAAAGCGGAGGUUCCUCAAGGCCAGGUGGGAUUCUACAAUGCAGUAGCGAUUCCAUGUUAUACGACGCUAGCAGAGCUGUUCCCCCCGUCCAGUCCACUUCUGAAGGCAUGCAAGGAGAACCUGGGCCAAUGGGAGAAGAUAGCGCAGGGCGAAGUGGAGGAUGUAGUUCCGAGUCGGCCUUCUGAUUCAGGUCCUGUCAAGGUGGACAACUGACUACCAAAGGUUACCUGCCCACUAUUAUGAGUACAACCUGAAUCGUGCCACAGAUAUGGAGGACCUGUUUUCGUUAGCAGCAGCUGGAUCAGCAAAAGGCGCGUUGACUUUAAAACAAAACAAAAGUUACACAAAACACAAGUUACCUCAAUGGGUGACGGAGGUGUCAAUGCUGAUGGUUUAACCGAUUCCAGACACGGACUAACAGCUGACGGGAAGAGACUAAAGCUCAUCACCCUACAUCCAUUCGGUUUGGGAGUUUAUUUGUUAGAAUGACUUGUACCAUUUUAUCAUUUAUUUGGCUUUUUUAUUAUUAUUUGAGCUGAUUAUUUGUGGUCUUGCAUUUGAGAGGCCUUACACUGAACCUUUCACAGGCAGGUGAUGUGCAACCUUGUUGUGUGGGUUCAGAUCCUUUUGAAAUGGUACCGUUUGCCUUUUGUGGUAAACAAGUCUUGACUAUUUCAGCAAGGUAUUCAGAGACAGAAGGAAUGUGUCGUACAUGCAUGGUGUGAUAAUGCCACCUUAUGGAGAAGUGUGAGGAGGGGGACGUCGGAAUGUUUUUCUUUCUUUUGAGCAAAAACCUUUUGCAGUACUUGAAUAAAGACACACAGCCUGGUCACAGAAAACCCCCACGUCAUGUAUUUCACGGAUGAACUGUGACCGCAAGAUGACUUGGACGCUGUCACAAGAGCCUCACGAUGUGUGUCCCGGAUGGUGACCCCUCCAUGUGCAGCACUGCCCCCCCAGGCCACCACUAGCACUCGGGACCUGCCGCAUAGUACACCAAACACGCUUGUAAGACAGCUUGUAACCAUUUUACAUUUCCAUGUGUAGAAGAUAAAACAGAUUCCUGAAAAUGAGAUGGGUGUUCAGGCACCAAGCACGACUCUGAUGUCCUGAUGAGCUGCAUGUAAACGGGAGGGAUUGUGCCACAAACAACAUUGUUGCUUGACUUUUUGCAGGUGUGUACCAGUUCCCUAUCCACACCUGUCCUGCAAACUAUUUUCCAAGAUCUUCCUAAAGAAAUGUUUGUUUUUUGCCUGAAAUUGUCAUUCCAGUGGACAUAGUCCCUCUAUAUACGUUGUUUGCAAGGGUGGCGCCAACUGUGUGAAUGUACAUGUUGAUGAAUGUUCUGUUGAUCCCCUGAAUGUGGCAUGUGCAUUAAUGCAACACCGGUUUCCACACUAUGUUCUGUCUUACAGAGUUGCUUCCAGUAAGCUUCAACCAAGAGCAACAAUUAGCAUGCACUUAAACUGUUAAAGGUUUCUAUAUCAUUUGCAUAUAAAUAGGUGUGUACUGUGUACAAUCUAGGGUAGAUAUUUGCUCUAAUGGUGCUAAACUGAAUGGCAGUUUGUGUGUGUGUGUGUGUGUGUGUAUGAGACACCCCCACUUUGCUGCCCCCCUCCCCCAUUGUUAAGAUGUUAAGAACACGGUGAACACUGCACUGGCCCUACUUUUUUAGCACCAGUUAUAUUAUCUGCACUAUGUUUAGCAUAUGAUCUUUAUCAUUAUUAUUCCUGGUGAUGAUUAUUAUUGCUAUUAUUACUAUUGUUAUUUUCUUAGAGUUCAAUUUAAAUUAACUUAUAUUUUUUAUACAAAGAAAAAUGUUGGACUUUUUUGUUUGAGACAAACAAAUUGUCCAUACAUGUUACUGUUACCCAGAAUAAGUGAGGAAUGUUUCAAAUGUAAAUGUAAGAGCAGUAGCCCAAAUGACU